AUGGCUUCCUUACAAAACCCCAACACCACUUUCUCUCUCCUCAUCCUCCUCCUCUUCCUUACACUCUCUCCCUCUCUUCCCCUCGCCGCCUCCUCCAUCCACGACCUACUCCGAUCCAUGGGCCUUCCGGCGGGACUCCUCCCGCGCGACGUCCGGUCCUACCGCUUCUCGGGCUCGGGCCUUCUCGAGGUCUUCCUCGACGGGCCGUGCCUCACAAAAUUCGACACGAUGGCAUUUUACGAAAGCGAGGUUCGGGCCAACCUCACCUACGGAAGCCUCACGGGCGUCGAGGGGCUUUCGCAAGAGGAGCUCUUUCUUUGGCUUCCGGUCAAGGAUAUAAUCGUCGGCGAACCGGGUUCCGGCCUUAUACUCAUCGACAUCGGCGUUGCACAUAAGCAGUUGUCCUUGUCUGUAUUUGAGAACCCACCUGAUUGCAGUGCUGAAAGUUUACUAAUGGAAAACUCCAUAAAAGAGAAGGCUUUUGCAGCACAAAGAUAA